CGAUUUUGAAAUUCAAAAUAUUAAAGAAAAAAAGAUAAAACGUGUGGAUUAUACGUGGUUCAGAAAGAACGAAAACACAAAUUAUCGAAGACCGAUCAUGUUCCCUGAUGAUGAAAGUCAUAUAACUGAAUAUGUUCAAAUCAAGUUGAGCGAUAAGCAAAAUGCCCUUCUUGACAAGAAACGUCGAGAAUUUCUUAAACAGCAUAAAUUUGUUUUCGAUAAGGCCAAUAUCAUUAAAGAAACCACCAAAGAAUAUUUACUUGAAUUACUUUAUCUCGAAGCAAAAUUAGAAAACAUUAAAUUUAAGAAUG